AGCACCAGCUCGGCUGUCGGCAUCACACAACCUAACAUUGAGAGGCAGGAGGACACAGGUGUGAAGCUUAACUCAUUUUAUACACAGACAUCUUGCACUCAGGAGCAUCAGCGGUAGAUUAGAUCAAAAUGAUUUUUCUAAUGGACCUCCAGAUGAUGCUGCUGGAUGUGAUUUACUUCAUCCUGCGUAACUCUGUGCGGGUGGUCCUGCGCCCACGCACCAAGCCUGUGGAUGGUGAGCUGGUGCUGAUCACUGGUGCAGGAGGCGGCCUGGGUCGCCUCUUCGCUCAGGAAUUCACCAAGCACGGGGCAGAGGUGGUGCUGUGGGACAUCAACAGCAGCUCCAAUGAGCAGACAGCCAAGCUGGUGCAUGAGAUGGGGGGCACGGCGCACACCUACACGGUGGAUGUGACCAAGCGGGAGGAUGUGUACCACAAAGCAGACCUCGUGAGGAAGGACCUGGGCCGAGAUGUUACCAUACUGGUGAACAAUGCUGGAGUGGUGGCAGGGGAGCGCAUGUUGGACUGUCCCGAUGAGCUGAUUGAGAAGACCAUGAAAGUCAACUGUCACGCCCUCUUCUGGACAGUGAAGGCCUUCCUCCCCCAGAUGAAGGCCCAGAAUCACGGUCACAUCGUCACCAUCGCCAGCGUCCUCGGCCUCUUCAGCACAUCUUGUGUCGAGGAUUACUGUGCCAGUAAGUUUGCUGCAGUGGGUUUUCACGAGUCUCUGGCCCAUGAGCUCCUGGCAGAGGGGGUUGAAGGAGUGAAGACUACACUUGUGUGUCCCUAUAUUGUGGACACGGGCAUGUUUGAAGGCUGCAAGAUACGGGAGGAAGUGGAACUGGUGCUCCCCCCUCUGGAGCCCCAGUACUGCGUGGAGCAGGCCAUGAACGCCAUCUUGAUAGACCAACCAAUGGUGUGCAUCCCCCGCCUCACCUACCUCCCCUUCCUCUCCAGAGCGUUGUUGCCGUGGGAAUCCAAUGUUGUUGUGUAUCGCUUCAUGGGCUCCGACAAGUGCAUGUACCCCUUCAUCGAGACCAAGAAACAGGCGUCUAAUGGCUGCAUUAAGGUUGCAUAGUUACCUUAAAAUUAAGAUGAACUAUUAUUUGAAAGGGUUUAUAGAGGGUUUAUUAUAUAUAAGUGAAAAAUGUUACAGCCAGGAUUCAAUCACAACUUGAGCACAGUCAAAACGACUCUCAAACCGAAGUGACUUUAGAUUUUGUACUAGACGACAACUCUGCCAAGUUGUCAUCAGUACAAAACAAUUUCUGUUAAGACAAAGUUUAAAGUCCCUUCAAAACGGUGAUUAAAUCCUGAACUGAUCAACAUGGGAACCGUCUUGAAUAUCUGUUAUUAAAUGAUUAUUGUUCUGUUUUACGUUGACAUUAAAUAAAAUGAAUAAAAACCACUGAUACAAACACACAAUCAGACCAGAGCCAGGGAUUUGUGUGUGUUGCACUGUGUACUUUUCAAACUGCACAAGAUAUGCAAAUGAGCCAAACGCAGGGCGCUGGAAGUGAACUGGAAAAAGAAAACAUCCUGGGCCUGCUUGUGGAUUAUGCCUGUGUCAGUGCACAUGUGCAGUAUGUUUACGAGACUGUGCUCACAAAACAUGGUUAAUCUCCAAAGACAGCAGCGAUCCGGUAAAACAUAAUCACUGCCUAGAAAGGCUCUCAUGCAAAAGGAAGGCGGUAUGACUAAUGAGUCAUCCCCUGCAGCAUCAUGUUUAGAUCUGCUGCUGUUUACA